AUGGUUUCGACAGGGAACGCGAUCUCUGAUGGGCAACCUUUACCUCGAGUUGCAAUUCUUGGCCCUUUUGGAACAUACAGCCACGAGGCAGCUGACCGAUACUUUGGACCAACUGCGCGAUAUAAUGAAAAGCUGGAGAUCAAAGAUGUCUUCCACGCGUUGGCCUCUUCUAGCGCGGACUUUGGCGUGGUGCCUCAGGAAAACACGAUUUUCGGCAGUGUAGUCGACACCUAUGAUGCUUUGCGGGCCAUGGGUAGAGGGUAUAUCGUCGGAGAAAUUACCCUUCGCAUAGACCACUGUUUAGUGGCGAGGACCGGAGUUCGACUGGACGAGAUCCACACAGUUUUGAGUCACGAACAGGUGCGAAACUAUGUGGAUGCCAUAGCGUUAAUUUCUAACCAGGCUUUGGGUCAGUGUCGGCUUUUCAUUGCAAAACAUUUACCGACCGCCACUACCGAACGGACGACCUCUACUGCUGGAGCCGCUCGUGCACUUCUGGAUCGGCCCCAUGGCCAUGCUGCAAUCUGCUCCAGAGUCUGUACGACACUGUUCCAGGGGUUGGAAGUGUUGAGGGAGGCGAUACAGGCAGACUCCAACAAUUACACGAGGUUCUACGUCCUGGCAAGAGGCCCGGAUGUAAAGUUACCCAUGAAUCGCCCGAGGCCUUCUGAAUCCCAUAGAACGGGCGUCAUUCGAAUCAUAAUUCGACAGACGGCUGCAAACACUUCAUCUUCGACAGGAAUACAGGACGCCCUAGCCAUGCUGAAUACAAGCAUCUCGCGGAUCGAUAGAAGGCCUUUGGCAGGCGUUCCUUUCGAUUUCGUGUACUUGGUGGAAGUACAAGACGAACAACAAGGUCAACAUCGGUCCGUUCCAGAGUGGAAACAAUAUAUCGAAACGAAGGUUGAAGAGGUAUUGAAGGCUGGGUUCUCAGUCGACCUAAUUGGAGCGUGGUAG